AUAUGGCUAAAGUGCCCACUCGACCUGACCAAUCAAAAGUGUCGUCGGCCUUCGUUAGUCUGACCUAAACCCACUUUAAAUCGUUAUUCGCGCACUCUCUGCCUACCUUAGGUCAUAUUUUGAGCUUCAUUAUUCUUUUUUUGUUUUUAGUGAGCUAUUCGUUUUUUUUUUUCUUCUUCUCUCCCUUUCUGAAUAAUCUCACAAAUUAAUGCAUUGUUUCUUACGUUUGUUAUUUAUAUCUGGAAAGUACAGGGACGGAAAAGAAAACAUCAACAAAUUCUCACGCACGUUUUGAUUUGAAUUCGUCUGCCGACAAAAUCUGCUGAUUUAUCAUUUUUCGUGUUUCAUUCAUUGUUUCACGUUAGAAAUUAUUUUUUGUUUCUUUGUUAUUGCUUGUUGAUAGUUGAUUUGAUUAUCUAUGUGUUUGCGGUUUCAAAACGAUGUCUCAUAUCGAUAGUUCUCAUCAACAACAAUAUCAAUCGAUCAACAGCAAUACUUCUUUAUGUAACCUUAAAAAUAGUAACACGACUGAUGAUCUCCCUAAACAGUUUGUAUCUUCUCUAAGAAUUCUUUUCGAUAUUCUUGAUGAAAACCACAGUGGUUAUGUUCGAUUAUUGGAUAUUGAAAGCCGAUGGAAGGAAGACGGUGUUAAAGGCCUUCCGCCUGGUGUUGUAGAUGCUCUCAGAAAAGUGACACCACCAAAUGGUUAUUUGAAUUUUGAUAGAUUUGUAGCCGGUCUUAAACUCGUUCUGUGGCGAAACAGACUUGAUGAUUCUCACAAUAAUACUGAUGUUGAGCAAUCAGAUCAAGAUGGGGUUUUCUUGGGUAAGGAAAACAAAUUAAACAAUUAUAAUGAUGAAAAAAAUAUGAAUUUCACAGGGUCACAAGAGCAGUACGGCCACAUAAAUCUUUCGCCAAAUAUUGAUGGUCAGUUUUUCAAUCGGCAUCACAACACUGCGGCGGAUGUCUUUAACAGCAGCUUAACUCCAGCCACUGGUAUAACGAAUGUGCCUGGCCGACUGGGCAGCAGUCAGCACACUACCUUAGGCCAUCAGAACAGUGCGACAAACGUGACAACCAAUGUGCAUAGCAGUGGUCAUCAACACAACACUCAUUAUCAGACAUCAGCUAGUCAUUAUAAUUCAAGCAAUACACAUUACAACACCCCGGUUAAUAGUAACCACGAUACUAGUCGAUAUAACAAUAAUAACAGUCUUCAAUCUAUUGGAACUGGAGUAGGAAACAAUGCUGUAUCUAAUGACAAGUUUACUCACAACCAACGUUUACCUUGUCUUACAAGAUCUGCAGACAGGCCACCCCUUCAAUCACGACAGGUGAGCCACUCACACCUUCAAUAUAAUACUGAUACACAAGAACCUUUUGCAACUGACCAGGCAUCUUUACCCACACAUGCAUCUAAUACACACCAACGUUCCUUGUCUCCACCCCAAGUGCCACCAAGAGACCAAAGCAAAGCCAAUAUUCUUAACGAACUGAAACUCUGGCAGAAACAGCGUAUGAAACAUGUAACUCCAACUGCUGCAGAAUCACAAAAUACAAAUCGUUACACAUCGUCCAAAUGGAAUUCUGGACGAAAUAUAUCUGCAAAUGAAAGCAAAGAUGCAGACAGGAAUAUAUAUGAAAGAGGAGAGACAAAACUGCCAAUGGUUGUGUUUGAAAAUGUAGAAGCAAACAUUGACAAUAUUACAUCUCAACAAAGAAGAAACAUCGAUGAACCCAAACCUCAGAAGUUAGGUGACUCAAAACAUGGCAACCGCAGGUGGGAUGGCCGCCGUCAUACUUUAACAAGUGGAGUUGAUCAUAGCAUGAUUAAACGGAUGCGACAACUGGAAGAAGAAAAAGAGAUUCUGGAACAAGGAAUGGAAAUAGUACAGUCUGCAAAGCGUUGGUAUCAGAAGCAAAUUGCUUCAGUUGAUGAUAAACAGAAAGUUGCUGCUUGGUCAUCAUACAAUGAUUCUUCAUUAGAGGCAAAUCAAGAACGGAUGAAUUUUCAGAAAACCAGGAUAUCUGAAGUCAAUCAACAAUUAAGAGCACUGAUUGAAAGCUCAGAGAAGGGCUUCCCGCUACACAUGAAUCUAGCUGUUAGUAAUAUUGGACAGACAAUUCCAUCAGAGGAAGGUCGUAUGAAGAUGCUGAAAGAACAAAACAGACAACUGACACAGGAGAUUUCAACAAAAUGUGAUAAAAUAACACUGCUUGAGCAAGAAAAAUCUGCCUUGAUUAGAGAACUCUUUGAAUCCCGAUCUCAGAACAAACCCAAUUUGGAUGAUACCACUUUCAUGUGAAAACACAGACAAUUCUACUGAGUUUUUGCUCACCUGUAAUCUCUUCAAAACCUUUAACCAGAAUUUGGAAGUUAAAGGUCCUCUUGGUGUAUUCUAUCUUCACAAUCUCCACAUUGUGUUUUUAUUUAUCUUUAUCUUCAUUGGCAUAAACGAUAGACUGACAGAGUGAAAUGCCUUAUGGCAUAUUUCUAAACGAUAGACUGACAGAGUGAAAUGCCUUAUGGCAUAUUUCUUUAUAGUCUAAAUUGAAGUUAUUUUUAUUGAAAAAUGUUAGCAUGCCAGGCAAAAUGCUUAACAGCAUUUUCGUCUGUCAUCUGUCGUCAAUAAAUUAAGUACCAGUCAAGCACUGGGGUCGAUGUAAUUGACUUAACCCCUUCCCUGAAAUUGCUGGCCUUGUGCCAAAAUUUGAAACCAUUUUUGAAAAAAGUGAUUGGUGGUAGACUCUGUUCAGUAUCAUAUUAAAUUUUUUGAUGUAUGUAUUGUGUUCCGAGUUCAAGGCCACUGAGAACAACUGUAUUGUUUCAUCUUUCCAGAGGGUGGUAUAUUCAGCAAUAUAAAUACUGGUGAAGUACUGUGAUUGAUUCAGUUGACUGCUCCUUUCUUCCAAAUAUCUGUGUCCUUGUGCCUCAAUAAGAAACCAUUAUUAUUUGGCUGAAUCAUUAAAAUCAAUGGUCAAAGUGUAUUGUGGUGUGUUUGUUCUGACUCUUUACAUUUUAAUGGAAGUUCAAAUCCCAUUAAAGGCUACAUUGCCUUUUAUUUGGGGUGGGGGUGAUAAAUAAAGCCCUAAUGUUGAUUUAAUAAACUAAAUUCUCACUCACAAAAAUUUGUGGCCUUGUGCAUAGAUUAAAAAUUAUUAUUAAUUAUUAUCUUUGCAUGAUCAUUAAGGCAUCAGAAAAAUGCCUUGCAACAUUUCUUUCAGCUCUUAAAAUUAAGGUUCAAACCCUUCCAAAGUCAUCUUUACCUUUUCUUAUUUUGGGGGUGGUUGGAUAGGUGAUAAAAAUAAAGUACCACUUAAGAACUGGAUUAAUAUAAUCGACUAGCCUCUCUCCUUCCCUUUCAAAAAAA